AUGGCUGACCCGUCCACUCCCCUUCGUAUGCCUGCUCGGGACUUGGUCCGCUGGAAUGAUGACAUUGACAAAGGCUUGAUGCUGACGAUUCAGUACUGCUGCGGCGAAUCUGGAAUCAAGAUCCCAUGGAGACGAAUUGCUGAGGUCAUGGGACCCAAGUUCACCGAAGGCUCCAUCACUCAGCAUCUUGCAAAGUUGCGUAAGCGAAUGGUCGCAGACAACAUUCCAGUCCCACCAGCUCUCAAGCGUGGCUACAACAUCAAGACCCCAUCGAAAGUGUACUGCAAUGGGAACCCUACCAUCCAGUAUGAGUACGUUCUUCCAUUGUACACCGAGACUCCUAAGCACGUGGAGAAUCCAGCUUUGUUCUACAGUAAGGCUGGAAUGACUCCGACCCCGACUGGAACUGGAACUGGCGUCGGCGAGCGAUCUGACUAUCAACAAACCACUCCGACCAAGUCCUCCAAGCGCUCUGGCAAAGCUAGAUCCUCUGUCCGAUCCAAGGGUAAAGGUCGUGCAGGUGGUGGCGGAAUGUCUGAUGAUGACGAAGAUGUGUUUAUGGCUGCAUUGGACGGCGAUUCUGACGACGACUAUGGUGCUCCACCCAAGAAGAAGACCAAAGCGACUCGCCGUGCGAAGGUCGAGAAGAAUGGAAGCUCCAACGGCCUCGUCAUCAAUAGCGAUGGUGAAGAGGUCGCAAUGGUUGAGGAGUAUAGUCCCACUGGGCCUGCGAGCCGCACUCGUGGCGUCAAGCAAGAUUAUUCAAUGCUUGAAAAUGGCGAGGAUGAUGCCAUGCAAUCCGAGAACGAGACUGUCAUUGACUAUGAGGGCCAGGAUUCUGAAGAAAGUGUGGUUGACCUUGCUGAUGCCGUCGAUUAUGAGAGUGCGAGUGGAACUGAAGCGCGUGAAGCCUCACAGUACGCCAAGGCUUACAUGGAUGAGCUAUUUCCUGUCUCCGAGGCAUUGGCUGCAGCUGAGAGUAUGGUGGCCAGAUCCAACAUGCGCAGCGAUUACAUGCCUUUCAAUGGCAAUGACCCUUUCAACACUGGAAACAUCUUCGGCAAUGGCACUUUCAACGGUGGAAAUGCAUUUGGCAAUGGUCAGAAUAUGGCCAUGUGGGGCAGCUUUCCCUGUGCAGCUCCAUCCAUGGUGUCGAAUGUCCAUCAGCCCGUCAUGCACCCAUCAUUUCGAGAUCCUUUUACAGGUACUGCUGUGGAUUCAUUUGGAGAUCCCUUUACCACUACUUCUGUUGGUUAUGCUCCUCAGGGAACCUUCCCAGGAAUGUAUGGCACACGCAUGGCACCGCCCUCGAUUCCUCACCGUGGUUCAACCGCACCUCAUGGUGAUUCAGACGCAUCUGCAAUGAGUCCAUUUCAUCGCGAUUCCAACGCAAGUGCAUUGAGUGAAAUGAACAUGGUCAACCGCAACAACUCUGUCUCUGCCGGUACCACUAUCGCCAUGCCGAACCCGGCCCAUCAGGCCAUGUACCAGAACAAGGUCGAGGAAUUGGCUGGCAUUGGAAAUGCUGAAGAGUUUAAUCCUACUGAGUUUGUCAAUGAGGCCAUGCUCCGUCUUGGGGAAGAGGAGAAUUGA